AUGAUAUUAACACUAGUAUUACUUUUAAAUAUAUUACAUCGAAACGAUUGUACAUAUGUAAUUUCAGUCUACGGAGAUGUGUACAAAGAUACCAAGUUUUUUAGCAAGACUUACCCCUGGCUGAUAGACAACAUUGGGGGUGAGGUUGUAGUCGAUUAUUACCUGCUAGGAAGUGGCAGGUACACUGUACCUCAAAUGUGUGCGCUUAACGAACUAAGGCUCAACACAUUCCUUCAAGCGCAGUUCCUGAAAUGUGAAGCAGAAGGUAAUUCGAAUGAUAUAUGCAUUUGUGACACCGGUUUGGACACAGAAAGGUUGAGACAUUGCAUCAUAACUAAGGGAUCUCUAGCAAGUUUCGCCGCUUCGAAGUUCCACCAAAUCGGUAUAGAUGCGAGUCCUCUUGUUGAAAUUGGACCUAGGAACACGAUAUUCGAAGUCGAGGACAAUUGGUAUUUAAAGAAAAUCUGCACAAUAUUCGGAGAUAAUCAACCAAGGGGCUGUAUAAAGCCUUUUUCGUGUAACUAUACGGAAAGUGAAUAUGAUAUGACGUGGUCCAAUCAUAUUGAUUGUACAAAAUGUCGGCAUAAUUCACCAAUAACAUCAACAACUACGUCUCUUGGUACAACUUAUGCAUAUUCCUAG